AUGCCCGACAAUCAGAUGAUAUCCUUUACUAAUAUGGAAGGAUAUAUGCAAAAUAGUGCAUAUAUAUCAAAAAUAUGUUUUAAAGAAACUUUAGACAUAGAAGAUGAAAGUGGUACACAUAUUGGUGAAUUUUCUGGUAAAAUACGAGAAUCUUUUUCAAAUUGCAAUACCAAAUCGUUUACAAUUAGUAUUCACUCAUCAAAAAGUACCGAAAGUCACAAAGAGAUCGAAAUGAGUCUCUUUAGUAAUUGCACCACUAACUUUCAAUCUUUUGAUGAGAAAUGGUCACAGUAUAAUAUUCGUAGAAAAAUGUUGUGGCAUAUAACAAUAUACAGGAAUUUACUCACAGAAGGAAUGAACUAUGCUUAUAUGCGUUAUCUAGCUAUCAUAAGAUACAAAGGUGUAAUCAAUAACUACUCAGCUAUUUCUAUUAAUGGAAUACUUUACAAAACAACUUAUAUAUGUUCAGUAGAAGAAAAACAUAAGGUUAGAAAUAUGAACAUAGCAGUGUCAAUCAUCAAGAGAAUAUUGCAAAGACAUGAUUCACCUCAAUCUCCAAGCAUUAAAAUGACUUCGUUGUUUACUCAAGCAGGUUAUUUGUUAGAACACACGUGGGAUGAUAAUAGCAGUAGAAAGUUGGUUAUCAAACAUUGUAUGGUGGUUUUGGAAAACGGACAAGUAUACACAGAUUCGGCAUUACGUUUACGGAAGUACUGGGAUGAAGAUAUUAGAUUAAAGUCAAUGUUCCUAAUGAAAGUUUCAGAAUUAAAACUUGAAUAUAAAAGCUAUUUAAAAAAUAAUAGUGAAGUAAAAGAUAUGAUUUUGGACUACAUAAAGGAAAUAUUAAUAUUCAAACCUGAAGAUGUAUUGGCAUUUUCUAUUAAAUACUUUGAAGAGAUAUUGUGAAAUCUAAAAAAAGAAUAAAUAUUUUCAAAAAAACAUUAU